CUUUUUUCUGUGUAAAACUUUUAUUUACAUGUAUAUGAACCGGAACACAUCCCUCUGAACAACACAACCCUCUGAUGCGUGUGAUGGUAGCUUGGCACGCUACUUCCCUGGAACCGUUGCUGCUUCCAGUGUUUCCUCCUGACGUCUUUGAUCACUACCCAGUCACCGGGCUCGAAGUGGUGUUGUGGCGCAUCAGCUGGCGUCGGCAGUACGGCUUUCACCUGAGAGUGGAUAACUGAGAGGAAGACUGAAAGACUUAUACAGUAGUUCAACAAAAGCUUGGCACGCUACUUCCCUGGAACCGUUGCUGAUUCCAGUGCUUCCUCCUGAAGUCUUUGAUCACUACCCAGUCACCAGGCUUGAAGUGGUGUUGUGGCGCAUCAGCUGGCGUCUGCAGUACGGCUUUCACCUGAGAGUGGAUAACUGAGAGGAAGACUGAAAGACUUAUACAGUAGUUCAACAAAAGAUUAAGCAUUUAGAAAUUCAAACCAGCAACCACACUUUUCCCGGUCACAUACUUCAGGAUACUUGCUGCAGAGCUGACCUUCGAGGAAAGAGUUGGCAUUCCCAUGAGCAAUGGAGGAAGUCUAUGCCAAUGUUGACGAUGUCAAACCCCUAAACUCAAGAUCAUCUGCAAAACAAGAAGGUCCCAGGAGACUUCUCAGAGCGUCUGUUCUCGGUCUGGGGCUGCUGGGUGUUUUCCUGCUGGCUGGACUCAUCGGCCUGGCUGUCCACUACCAUAACUCAGUAGGUGGUGCAGCUGCAGAUCUCUCCGCUGUCAAAGCAAACCUGACCUCAGUGACUGAAGAGAAAGACAACCUGACUGAGCGUCUCCAGGCCAGAGAUCAGCUGAUCAACCAGCUGAAGGCCAACCUCACUGAGUCUCUCCAGGACAGAGAUGAGGAGAUCUCUCACAUGCAUGACUACUUAAAUCAAUGUUACAGAGAGGUGGACAGGCUUCACUGUUUGAACAACAAUGCAAAAACGUGUCCUGAAGGAUGGAGGAAGUUUGGUUGUUCCUGUUAUCUCCUCUCUACUGAGAAAGCUUAUUGGGAACAAAGCAGAGACAACUGCACAGCCGGAGGAGCACAUCUGGUGAUCAUACACAGUUAUGAAGAACAGGAAUCCAUCUCUAGCAUGAUCAAGGAACCGACUUGGAUUGGUAUGAGUUACAGUGACAGAGAAGAGGAGGGGAUCUGGAAAUGGGUGGAUGGAUCUCCACUGAAUCUGAAUCCGAUGUUUUGGCACCAAUCACUACCUGAUAAUGGAGGAUGGAGUCCAUAUUAUGGCGAACAGUACUGUGCAUACUUCAAUGCUUACAAAGAGUUGAACGACCGGUCCUGUAGGACCAAUCUGCAUUGGAUCUGCCUGAGCGUUGGGAGGAGGUGAAGAGGGCGGUGGACUGGGUCUGCUGGGCGGACCGGCAGUACCCGUGUGUCUACAGCCGGCUGGAGUUUGGAUUCAGCUGGGAGUCCUCCACCCGCCAGCUGCUGGGCUUCGAAGGCCUCCCUCCCUUCUCCGCUCUCACGGGACUGAACCUGCAGAAGACCGUCCCCCAGGUUCUGGUCCACUGAGCAGGAUAGUGAGAGGGAGGUUCAUACCCCUUUUGCUUUUUAUGGGGAUUACAUCAUCUAUUGGAUGUAUUUGUAGCCCUUUUAUUCAGUCAGUGUGUUUACAUGUUCUCAAAUAGGUAGAUACAAUUGGCUUACUGCAGACCUGAUUUAUUAAACUUAAACUGCUUUGGGUCUACAUAUCGCCUUUUCUGCAUGUCAGCAUCUUUUUUCAAAUGUAUUCCAAUAAGGCGAUAGCUUAUACUGUUUUACACCGUGGUCUUCAGAGAAAGAGUUGCACCCCUCGUCUUUCUUCUGACCGUUCCACCUUUUUGGUCAAGUUGAAAAUAUUUAAACUUUCCAGAAAAACGCUGUUGACGUCACUGAAGGAAAUGACUGUCUCACUGUCAGACAGUAACCAUCAUAACAAAUACCAAAGAGCCUGUUUGUUGGAGCAGAUCUGCCAGUGAGUGUGUGGCUUUUAUCGUACCGUAUACAUAUCAUCCUCCUCACUCUAAGGCUGUCAGACUAAAGCUGUGACGCUCAAUCACACAAAAUGUGAGAACAAGCAUCCUCCUGUUUGUUCUCAUAGACACAAUGUCAAACAAAUACAUAGCACAAAUCGAUAAUA